CCGCCUCCGCAGCGAUCAGGUUUGUGUGCGACGCGGGUGCUGGGGGCUCGAGAACCGAGCGGAGCUGGUUGAGCCUUCAAAGUCCUAAAACGCGCGGCCGUGGGUUCGGGGUUUAUUGAUUGAAUUCCGCCGGCGCGGGAGCCUCUGCAGAGAGAGAGCGCGAGAGAUGGAGAUGGACAAACGGAUUCAUUUAGAGCUGCGGAACAGGACGCCCUCUGAUGUGAAAGAGCUUGUCCUGGACAACUGUCGGUCUUGUGAAGGCAAAAUCGAAGGCCUCACAGAUGAAUUUGAAGAACUGGAGUUCUUAAGUACAAUCAACGUAGGCCUCACCUCAGUCGCAAACUUACCAAAGUUAAACAAACUUAAGAAGCUUGAACUAAGCGAUAACAGAAUCUCAGGGGGCCUGGAAGUAUUGGCAGAAAAGUGUCCGAACCUCAAGCAUCUAAACUUAAGUGGCAACAAAAUUAAAGACCUCAGCACAAUAGAGCCACUGAAAAAGUUAGAAAACCUCAAGAGCUUAGACCUUUUCAAUUGUGAGGUAACCAACCUGAACGACUACCGAGAAAACGUGUUCAAGCUCCUCCCACAACUUACAUAUCUCGAUGGCUAUGACCGGGACGACAAGGAGGCCCCUGAUUCCGACGCUGAGGGCUACGUAGAGGGCCUGGAGGAGGAGGACGAGGAGGAUGAGGAUGAGGAAGAGUAUGAUGAGGAUGCUCAUCUAGUGGAAGAUGAAGAGGAUGAAGAAGAGGAGGAAGAAGGUGAAGAGGAGGAUGUGAGUGGAGAGGAAGAGGAGGAUGAAGAAGAUUAUAACGACUGGGAAGUAGACGAUGAGGAAGAUGAAGAAGAGGCUGCUGGUGAAGAAGAAAAGGGUCAGAAGCGAAAACGAGAACCUGAAGAUGAAGGAGAAGAAGAUGACUAAGUGGAUACCUAUUUUGAAAAAUUCCUAUUGUGAUUUGACUGUUUUUACCCAUACCCCCC